AAAAAAACGAAAAUUUUAGAACACUUAAAAAAACAUGGUGGGUCAUGAUGAAAAUUUACUUUCGGACAUGCUCCCUAUUUACUAUACAAGAUAUUUUCCUCAAAAUAUUUUCUGUAGAUGGCUUGCUUGUGGAAACAGUCCACAACCUCUAUCCAACAGAGAAUUGUCAUUUACAUUAGCCGAUGAUGUGUACAUACGGUACUUAUCAAUAAGUGAUCAGAAAGAAUUUCAGACUUUGUUGCAGAAGAAAUGUCCGCACAAAUUAGAUAUUGGUGCUGUGUAUAACAAUAAACCUUCAAUAUCUCGGCAUGAUGCGGUAGUCUUAGCUAGGGAGUUAGUUUUUGAUAUUGAUUUAACUGAUUAUGAUGAAGUGCGAACAUGUUGUCAGGAGGCUAAAGUGUGUGAUAAAUGCUGGAAGUUUAUGGUCAUCGCUUGUGACAUUAUUCAUAAAUCAUUAAAAGAUGAUUUUGGUUUUCAAAAUAUACUAUGGGUAUUUUCUGGACGACGUGGCAUUCAUUGCUGGGUAUCAGAUUAUGAAGCUAGAACUCUUGACAGUCCUGGAAGAGCAGCCAUAGCUGAUUAUCUUUGUUUGAUAAUAGGUGGUGAUAAUCAGAAUAAAAAAGUACAUUUAGGUUCAGAUAAUCUACAUUCAAGCAUCAGAAGAGCUGUUAGUAUUAUUGACAAAUAUUUCGAUGAUGUUAUACAAGAUCAAGAAUUUCUGGGAACAUCAAGUAGAUUACAAAAAUUCCUGAAAAUGAUUCCCGAAGAUGCAUUGAGGGAGCAAGUGGAAAAAAGUUUGGAGAAAAUGCCUGAAUCUUCUUUGGAAAGAUGGAAAACAUUUAUUAGUAUUUAUGAUUCAUAUUUAAGAGAAAAUGGAAAUGCUAUAAGAAAGAUAAAAUAUCUUAUAGAAGAAAUUAAAAUACAAUUCUGUUAUCCACGGCUAGACGUAAAUGUCACGAAAGGGUUUAACCACCUUCUCAAAUCACCAUUCAGUAUUCAUCCUAAGACAGGAAAAGUUUCAGUUGUGUUCAAACCUAACAAUGCAAGGAAUAUGAAAUUAGAUGAAAUACCUACAAUUCACAGUUUACUAGACGACAGCUCUCCUGAUAAUGUACAGCACCAAAACAAUAUGAGAAAUGCUGUUAAAAAUUUUCAAGAAGUAGUUUUCUCCCUUGAGAAAUCUGAAGCGAUAAGGAAAAGAAAUUAUGCUAAUACAACACUAGAUUUCUAAAGAAUUAAUGAAAGAAACAUGAAAGAUAUUGAAUUUGAUGAUUGUGUAAAAUAAAU